AAAAUUACCGUGAUCACGUUAAACGAGAUUUGACGUCGUGAUUUACGCAUGACGUUGACGUUGUUUCUACGCGACAUUGUCAUUGACGCCAAAGCAAUAGCAAAGAGAAUUUAUUCACUUAGCAGUUUUCAGCGAUAUUUAACGAAUAUCGACAGUUAUGGAGGAAGUUUUUAUACCGAAAAUAUCUAUCCUGACCCAAGAUGGAGGAAUACUUUCCAGUCUUGACAGUUUAUCUGUAUUUACCGGAUACGUUCCCAUUACAGUUCCGAUUUUCCAGGCAGUGAAAGUUAAGCAAGAAAACAGACUAACCACUUUCCUACGAACUUUGAGAAACUCUGUUCUGAAAUAUUCUAGACAAGAUUAUGAUAUCAUUAGUACUGAUGAAGAUUUUGAUACCCUGUUUUCCUCUGAGACACACCAAGUUUUAAAAGAACGCAAAAGAACGCUGGUACACUUCAUUAAGAAACAUGAAACAGCCCUGCUUGCAUUGAGAGAAGCUAGAAUGAAUUGUUGGAAGUCAAAAGCAAAGCUGCAAAAGUAUGAGUUGAUUUUAGAGACACAGAGAUCUUCGUUACGUUACAACCAGAACGAGGCUAAAGUCAGAGAGGCAGCAAUUGAGGAUAUGGAAUUAGUACAUAAUAAAUGGAUGGUCAAGCACGAGAAAGACCAUAUUGCUUUUGAGAACAAAUUCUUAGCUGAGAUAAGUUUGCGAGAGAAAAUUCAAAAGAUGUCAAACGACCUUGAACUUGAUGUAGUUGAGAUGCUUACUGAUACAAUCAGAACUUUGAUGAACAAAAACAGACAAAAUCUGAGUGAUACAGAAGUAAACAAACUUGCCACACAAGUAUACAAACAAACAUGCCGUACAUACAAGUUUAGGCAAGCAUCGUUGAAGCGCAUGCUACGCACAAGUUCACUUUUAUUGUUUAAUAAGAAACUUCGGAACAGAUUGUCCCAGCAGGUUCGCUAUAACCGAGGUGUACUGUAA